AUGCUGGAGGAGGGCCAGGAGUAUGCAGUGAUGCUGUACACAUGGAGGAGCUGCUCUCGCGCUAUCCCACAGGUAACCACUGGAUACACGCUCCAUAUAACUCACCUUACAACCCAUCUGGACUGUGGGAUUCUAGUUGCAACCUGUUGUGCACUGGACCUCCAUGCAAAUAUAUGACUGAUAAUCUCCCUUUCUCCCCCCCUCUAUCAGGUGAAGUGUAAUGAGCAGCCCAACAGAGUGGAGAUCUAUGAGAAGACAGUGGAGGUGCUGGAGCCUGAGGUCACCAAGCUCAUGAACUUCAUGUACUUCCAGGUAACAACAACCAGCCGGAGCUACCCUCACCUUUCUCUCUCACACCAACCUGACACCCUCACCUCUCUCUCUCACACCAACCGGAGCUACCCUCACCUUUCUCUCUCACACCAACCUGACACCCUCACCUCUCUCUCUCACACCAACCGGACACCCUCACCUUUCUCUCUCACACCAACCUGACACCCUCACCUCUCUCUCUCACACCAACCUGACACCCUCACCUUUCUCUCUCUCACACCAACCUGACACCCUCACCUCUCUCUCUCUCACACCAACCUGACACCCUCACCUCUCUCUAUCUCACACCAACCGGACACCCUCACCUCUCUCUCUCACACCAACCGGACACCCUCACCUUUCUCUCUCUCACACCAACCGGACACCCUCACCUCUCUCUCUCUCACACCAACCGGACACCCUCACCUCUCUCUCUCUCACACCAACCGGACACCCUCACCUCUCUCUCUCUCACACCAACCGGACACCCUCACCUUUCUCUCUCUCACACCAGCCGGAGCUACCCUCACCUUUCUCUCUCUCACACCAACCGGAGCUACCCUCACCUUUCUCUCUCUCACACCAACCGGACACCCUCACCUCUCUCUCUCUCACACCAACCGGACACCCUCACCUCUCUCUCUCUCACACCAACCGGACACCCUCACCUCUCUCUCUCACACCAACCGGACACCCUCACCUCUCUCUCUCUCACACCAACCGGACACCCUCACCUUUCUCUCUCUCACACCAACCGGACACCCUCACCUCUCUCUCUCUCACACCAACCGGACACCCUCACCUUUCUCUCUUUCACACCAACCGGACACCCUCACCUUUCUCUCUCUCACACCAACCGGACACCCUCACCUUUCUCUCACACCAACCGGACACCCUCACCUUUCUCUCUCUCACACCAACCGGAGCUACCCUCAUCUUUCUCUCUCUCACACCAACCGGACACCCUCACCUUGCUCUCUCUCACCAACCUGACACCCUCACCUUUCUCUCUCUCACACCAACCGGACACCCUCACCUUUCUCUAUCUCACACCAACCUGACACCCUCACCUUGCUCUCUGUCACACCAACCUGACACCCUCACCUUGCUCUCUCUCACACCAACCUGACACCCUCACCUCUCUCUCUCACACCAACCUGACACCCUCACCUCUCUCUCUCUCUGUCACACCAACCUGACACCCUCACCUCUCUCACACCAACCUGACACCCUCACCUUUCUCUCUCUCUGUCACACCAACCUGACACCCUCACCUCUCUCUCUCUCACACCAACCUGACACCCUCACCUCUCUCUCUCUGUCACACCAACCCGACACCCUCACCUCUCUCUCUCUCUCUCACACCAACCUGACACCCUCACCUCUCUCUCUCUCUGUCACACCAACCUGACACCCUCACAUCUCUCUCUCUGUCACACCAACCUGACACCCUCACCUCUCUCUGUAGAUAAUAUUAUAAUAUGUUCUGUAUAAUAUUGUAUACACAUUAAUUAUAAUUAGUUCAUAUUAAACUGAUAUAAAAUAUGUGGUGGUCUUGAAAUGUAUCAUGUAACUGUAAAAGCUUCUAUCUGUGUUGACCCCCUCUCUCCUCGCCAGCGAACGGCGAUAGACCGGUUCUGUGGGGAGGUGCGUCGUCUCUGCCACGUUGAGAGGAGGAAGGACUUUGUCUCGGAGGCCUACCUCCUGACCUUGGGGAAGUUCAUCAACAUGUUCGCUGUGCUGGAUGAACUCAAGAACAUGAAGUGUAGCGUCAAGAACGACCACUCUGCCUACAAACGGUACACACAUAGAAACGUCCCAAAUACUACCCUAUUCCCUUUAUAGUGCACUACUUUGGACCAGGGCCCUUAGUGGACUGGUCAAAACUAGUGCACUAUAUAAGGAAUAGGGUGCUGUUUGGCAACAAGGCAGAGUACUGCAGUAAUAUCCUAUCACUAGCAGUGUCAAAUUACAGCCCCAUGGUAGAACCAGAAUAUUCUGGAACACAUUUAAACAUGUGAAUUGAUUAGAGCAGCUUGAUGAAUAGGCUUUCAUUCAGUCAGGAUCACUCAGCGACCCCUCCCUGCUAUUAUAGACAGGAUCACUCAGCGACCCCUCCCUGCUAUUAUAGACACUAGAUGGUCUCACUCUUCGACCCCUCCCUGCUAUUAUAGACAGGAUCACUCAGCGACCCCUCCCUGCUAUUAUAGACACUAGAUGGUAGCAUCAGUCAGGAUCACUCAGCGACCCCUCCCUGCUAUUAUAGACACUAGAUGGUCUCACUCCUCGACCCCUCCCUGCUAUUAUAGACACUAGAUGGUCUCACUCCUCGACCCCUCCCUGCUAUUAUAGACACUAGAUGGUAGCAUCAGUCAGGAUCACUCAGCGUCCCCUCCCUGCUAUUAUAGACAGGAUAAAUCAGGGGGCCCCCUUUUCCUGCUUUAUAGAAAAUGAUGGUCUCACCCUGACCCGCAAAUUUUUAGAAAAUGAUGGUAGAAUCGUCGGGGAUCACUCAGGUCCCCUCCUGCUUUUAAAGGGACGGGGUCACUCGGGUUUCCCCCCCCCUUGCUAUUAUAGACACUAGGGUUUAACUCCUCGACCCCCCUGCUUUUAUGGGACGGAUCACUCAGCAAACCCCCCCUGCUUUUAAAUUAGCCCUAGAUGGUAGCAUCAGUCAGGAUCACUCAGCGUCCCCUCCCUGCUAUUAUAGACACUAGAUGGUAGCAUCAGUCAGGAUCACUCAGCGUCCCCUCCCUGCUAUUAUAGACACUAGAUGGUAGCAUCAGUCAGGGUCACUCAGCGACCCCUCCCUGCUAUUAUAGACACUAGAUGGUAGCAUCAGUCAGGAUCACUCAGCGACCCCUCCCUGCUAUUAUAGACACUAGAUGGUAGCAUCAGUCAGGAUCACUCAGCGACCCCUCCCUGCUAUUAUAGACACUAGAUGGUAGCAUCAGUCAGGAUCACUCAGCGUCCCCUCCCUGCUAUUAUAGACACUAGAUGGUAGCAUCAGUCAGGAUCACUCAGCGUUCCCCUCCCUGGCUAUUAUUAGACACUAGAUUGGUAGCAUUACAGUCAGGAAUCACUCAGCGAACACCCUCCCUGCUUAUAUUAUAGACACUAGAUGGUAGCAAUCAGUCAGGAUCACUUCAGCGGACCCCCUCCCUGUCUAUUAUGGGACAAAAGAUGGUGGGCUUUCAGUCAGGAUCACUCGGGUUUCCCCCCCCCUGUAUUAUGGGACACUAGAUGGUAGCAUCAGUCAGGCCAUCAGCUUUUCCCCCCCCUUUUGCUAUUUAGAAACUAGAUGGUAGCUUUUUUUUCCAUUUCAGGAUCACCCCGGGCCCCCUCCCCCCUUUUAAAAAGACACUAAAAUGGUAGCAUCAGUCAGGAUCACCCCAGGUCCCCCCUGUAUUUAGACACUAGAUGGUAGCAUCAGUCAGGAUCACUCAGGACCCCUCCCUGUAUUAUGGGACAGGAUCACUCGCGACCCCCUCCGGGAUUAUAGACACUGGGUUGGUAGCUUUUCAGUCAGGAUCCCUCAGCUUUCCCCCCCCCUGUUUUUAUAGACACUAGAUGGUGGGAAUCAGUCGGGGGCACUAGGGGGACCCCCCCCUGCUAUUAUGGGACACUAGAGGGUUUAGCAUCAGUCGGGAUCUCUGGGGACCCCCCCCUUGUUUAUUAUAGCACUAGUUUGGAAGUUUCAGGGGAUCCUCAGCGCCCCCCCUCCCUGCUUUUUAAAAAUAGAGGGUAGAUCAGUCAGGACCCAUUUCCAGCACCCCCCCUGCAUUAUAGGAAAAUAGGGGGUUAAAACUCAGUCAGGAUCACUCAGGGCCCCCUCCCUCCCUAUUAAGAACUGAUGGUACCCAUCAGUAAGGAUCACCUCAGCGCCCCUCCCGGCUAUUAUAGAACUAGAGGGUUUUAGCAUCAUCGGGGAUAAAAUCGCGACCCCCCCCUGCUAUUAUGGGCCCACUAGAGGGUAGCACCCAUUUGGGAUCACUCAGCGUCCCCCCCCGGGCAUUAUAGACACUAGAUGGUAGCAUCAGCCCGGAUACUCAGGGGCCCCUUUCCUCCCAUUAUAGCCCACUAGUUUGGAGAAAUUUCAGGAUAAAUCAGGGUCCCCCCCCUGCUUUAUAGACAUUAGAUGGUGCAUCGUCAGGAUCACUCAGGGCCCCCUUAACCCUGCUAUUAUAGACACAGAUGGUAGACAGUCAGGAUCACUCGCGCCCCCUCCCCUAUUAGGGGACACUAGAGGGUUUAGCACCCGGCGGGGUUUAAAUCAGGUCCCCUCCCUGCUUUAUAGACACUGGAGGGUGGGAUCAGUCAGGACCCAUCAGCGUCCCCCCCCGGGCAUUUUUGGGACACUGAGGGUUUUAGCUUUCGUAAGGAUAAAUCAGGUCCCCCCCCGCUAUUUUUGGACAUAGUUUGGGAUCAGUCAGGAUCACUCAGCGACCCCUCCUGUUUUAUGACACUAGUUUUGGUAGAAUCAGUCAAAAACCUCGGCCCCCCCUCCCGGGUUUUUAAAGCCCACAGAGGGGACCCAUCAGUCAGGAUCCACUCAGCGACCCCCCCCUGCUUUUUAUAGACAUAGAGGGGGAGAAAGCAGGAAAAUCAGGGGGUCCCCUCCGGGUAUUUUUAGACAAGAUGGUAGCAUCAGAAAGGAUCACUAAGCGACCCCCCUGUUUAUUUUAGAAAAACUAUAUGGUAGUUUCCCGUCAGGAUCACUCCGACCCCCCCCGGCUAUUUGAAUAGAGGGUUUAGCAUAAGCCCGGUCACUCAGCGUCCCCCCCCUGUAUUAUAGACACUCGAUGGUAGAACAGCCCAGGCUCCCCUCAGGGGACCCCCCCUGCUUUUAUAGAAAACAUAGGGGUUAGCAUCAUCAGGAUACUCGGGCCCCCCUCCCGGGCAUUUUUUACACUAGAUGGUGAAUCAGCCCAGGAUAAUUCGGGGUUCCCCUCCCCUGCUAUUAUAGAAAAUAGAUGGUACCCAUCAGUCAGGACACUCGGGUUUCCCCCCCCUGCUAUUAUAGACAGGUAAACCCCGGGGCCCCCCCCCUGCUUUAUGAAAUAGAUGGUUUUAGCUUUUUCAUAAGGUUAAAUCAGCGUCCCCCCCCCUGCUAUUAUAGACACUAGUUUGGUGGGCUUUCAGUCAGGAUCACUCAGUGGCCCCCUUCCUGCAUUAUAGCCCACUAUAGGGUUUUAGCUUUCGUCAGGAUCAGAGCGACCCCUCCCCUGCAUUAUGGAAAAUAGAGGGUACAUCAGUCAGGAUCCCUCAGCGUCCCCCUGCUUUUUAUGACACUAGAUGGUAGCAUCAGUCGGACCCGCCUCAGCAAACCCCUCCCUGCUUUUAUAAACUAUAUGGUGAUCGUCGGGGAUACCAGCGCCCCCUCCCUGCUAUUAUAUAAAUAGAUAGUAGCUCAGCAGGAUAAACCCCGCGUCCCCCCUGCCUAUUAUGACACUGGGAUGGUAGCUUUCAGUCAGGAUAAAAGCUUUCCCCCUCCCUGCUAUUUUAGACACUAGAUGGUAGAAAAAGUCAGAUCACUAAAGGUCCCCCCCUGCUUUUAAAGGGACACUAGAUGGUACUUUUCCAGUCAGGCCCCAUCGGGGGCCCCCUCCCUGUAUUAUAGACACUAGAUUUUAGCAUCAGUCAGGAUCACUCAGCAAAACCCCUCCCUGCUUUUAAGGGGACCAGGAUGGUAGAUAAAGUCGGAUCACUCAGCGACCCCCCCUGCUUUUAUGGGAAAUGAUGGUAGUUUCCGGUUCAGGAUUCUAGCGCCCCCCCCUUUGCUUUAUAGAAUAGUUGGUAGCUUUCGGGGCCAGGAUCACUCAGCGCCCCCUUCCCGGCUAUUAUAAAACCAUUUGAGGGGUAGCAUCAUUUCAGGUUUCACUCAGCCCCCCUUCCUGCAUUAUAGACCCCCUAGAGGGUUUAGCACCCAGUCAGGCAUCAGGGCCCCCUCCUGCUUUUUAAGAAAAUAGAUGGUAGCUUUCAGUCAGGAUCACUCAGGGGACCCCCCCUUCCCCUAUUAUAGACACUAGAGGGUAGCAUAGUCGGGGAAUCAUCAGGGGACCCCCCCUUUGUAUUUGGGCCACAGGGGUUUAGCACAUUUCAGGUUUCCCCUCAGCGCCCCCUUCCCUCCCCUUUAUAGAAACUAGUGGUAGCAUCGUCGGGGAUCACUCACGACCCCCCCCUGUAUUAUAGAAAAUAGAUGGAAACCCUUUCAGCCCGGAUAAAUCACCCGCCCCCUCCCGGGUUUUAAAACCCACUAGAUGGUCCCCAUUUCCUCGACCCCCCCUUGCUAUUAUAGCCCCGAUGGUCCCACAGUCAGGUUUCAUCAGCGUGCCCCCCCUGCAUAAGACACUAAAAUGGUGCAUCAGCCCGGAUAAUCAGCGUCCCCUCCCUGCUUUAUAGAAACUAGUUUGGUAGCUCGUCAGGAUAUUCACGUCCCCCCCCUGUUUUAAUUAUGGGAACUAGAGGGUAGAAGUCGGGAUCACUCAGCGUCCCCCCCUGCUAUUUAGACACUGGGGAUGGUAGAAAUCGGGUCAGGAUCACUCAGCGCCCCCUCCCGGGUUAUAUGGGACGGGAAAUCAGCGUCCCCCCCGCUAUUAUGGGACACUAGAGGGGGUAGCAUCAGUCAGGAUAUCAGAGUCCCCCCCCGUAUAUAGACCCUAGAGGGUUUAGCACAGUAAGGAUCACUCAGCGUCCCCCCCGGGCUUUUUAUAGACACUAGAUGGUAGCACCAGCGGAUCAUCACCGUCCCCUCCCUGCUAUUAAAAGCAAUAGAGGGUGAAAUCAUCAGGAUCACUCAGGGGACCCUCCCUGCUUUUUUAAGAAAAUGAUGGUAGCUUUUCAGUCAGGAUAAAAUUCAGGACCCCCCCCUGCUUUAUGGGAAAAUAGAUGGUAGAAUCGUAGGAUCACUCAGGGACCCCCCCCUGCUAAUGGGAAACUAGAUGGUGCAUAAGCAGGACACUCAGGACCCCCCUGUAUUAUAGAACUAGGGGUACCCAUCAGUCGGGAAACCCCCGCUUUCCCCCCUGUAUUAUGACACUAGAGGUCUCAUCCUCAAACCCCCCCCCUUUGUAUUAUGGGACACUAGUUUGGUGCAUAAAUUCGGGAUCCCCUCAGCUUUCCCUCCCUGAAAUUAUGGACACAGAGGGUAGCACAUUUUUUCAGGACAUUUCAGCAAACCCCCCCUGUAUUAUGACACUAGUGGUGCAUAAGUCGGGAUCACUCAGGACCCCCCCUGUUUUUAUAACACAGAUGGUACCCAUCAGUGGGAAAAUCUUAGCAAACCCCCCCCUGAUUUUUAAGAACUGUUUGGGUAGCUCAGUCAGGUCACCCCAGCUUCCCCUCCCUGUAAUAGAAAAUAGAUGGUAGCACCCCAGUCAGGAUAAAUAAGCGUCCCCCCCCGCUUUUUAAAGGGACAAAAAGGGGUUUAAAAUCGGGAGGACCCAACCAGCGACCCCUCCUCUUUUUUAUAGACACUAGUGGUGGGCAUCAUUAAGGAUAACUCAGCGACCCCCCCCUUGCAUUAUGGGACACUAGGGGUAAAAACAUGGAUCACUCGGAAACCCCUCCCUGCUAUUUGGGACAUAGGGGUAGAAUCAUUUCGGGACACUCAGCGACCCCCCCCCCCCUUUUUUUAUAGAAAUAGAGGGUGCAUCAUUUCAGGAUCCCCAAAAGCGUCCCCUCCCUGAUUAUAGACACUGGGGGGGGUCUCACUCCUUUACCCCCCGGCUAUUAUAGACCUAGUUUGGUGCACAGUCAGGAUCCAGGGGUUCCCUCCCUGCUAUUUAUAGACACUAGAGGUAGCAUCAGCCCGGAUCACUCAGGCCCCCUCCCUGCAUUAUCCCCCACUAGAUGGUAGCCCCCGUCAGGAUCACUCAGCGUCCCCCCCGGGGGCCUAUUAUAAAACCCUAGAGGGGUAGAAAUCUUUCAGGAUCACUCAGCGUCCCCCCCCGCUAUUAUAGACACUAGAUGGAGCAUCAGUAGGAUAAAUCAGGUCCCCUCCCUCUUUUAAGACAAAAAGAGGGUUUGGGAAUCUUUCAGGUUUAAACCUUCCGCGUCCCCCCCCGGGCAUUAUAGCCCACUAGAGGGUAGCACAGUCAGGAUAAAUAGGCCCCCCCGGGCCUUAUAUAGACAUGGGUGGUAGCAUCAGUAAGGUUUAAAUCAGGUCCCCCCCCGGAUUUUAAGACACUAGAUGGUAGCCCCAGUCAGGUUUAAACCCAGGCCCCCUCCCUGCUAUUAUGGGGACACAAAGUGGAAAGUUAGUCAGGAUACUCAGCGCCCCUCCCUGCUUUUAUAGACAAAGAUGGUAGCAUCAGUCAGGAAAAAUCAGGGGGUCCCCCCCCCUCCCCAAUUUUUUAAAAAAUUAGAGGGUUUAGCUUUCAGUCAGGAUCACUCAGGGGCCCCCUUUUCCCUUUUUUUAUAGACACUAGAUGGUGAAAUCAGCAGGAUAAAUCAGGUCCCCCCCCUUGUUAUUAUAGACACUAGAUGGUUCAACCCCUGACCCCCCCCCGGGCUAUUAAGACAUUUUAGAGGUUUGGGAAUCGUAAGGAUAAAUCAGGUCCCCUCCCUGCUUUUAUAGAAACUAGGGGGUAGCAUCGUCAGGAUAAAUCGCGUCCCCUCCCUGUUUUAUAGACACUAGUGGAGCAUCAGUCGGAUCAUCAGGACCCCCCAAUUUUUUAAGAAACUAGAGGGUAGCAUCAGUCGGGAAACACCCCAGCGUCCCCCCCCUGUAUUAUGGGCCACUAGAUGGUAGAUCAUCAGGUCACCCCAGCGUCCCCCCCCUGCUUUUGGGACACAGAUGGUUAGUUUCAUCAGGACACUCAAGGGGUUCCCUCCCUGCUUUUUAUAGCCCAAGAUGGUAGAAUAGUCAGGAUAAAUCAGCGUCCCCCCCCUGCAUUUAAAACACUAAAGGGGUUUCCCUCAGUGGAUCACUCACGACCCCCUUCCCUGCUUUUAAGACAUAGAGGGGUAGAUCAGUCAGGAUCAUUCAGGACUCCCCCCCUGCUUUUUUAUAGACCCUAGAUGGUAGCACAGCCCGGCCCCUCAGCGACCCCUCCUGCUAUUAUGGGCCCAAUAGAUGGAACAUCAGUCAGGAUCACCAGCGCCCCCUCCCUGCUUUUUUAUAACCUGGGGGGUAGCAUCAGUCAGGAUCUCCGGGUCCCCUCCCUGUUCCUAAAAACCUAGAUGGUUAGCAUCAGUCGGAUAAAUUUCAGGGGCCCCCCCCCCGGCUUUUUAUAGACACUAGAUGGUAUCACCCAGUCAGGAUAAACUCACCCCGCCCCCUCCCUUAUAAGAAAAAGAUGGUUAUAAAGGCCCAGGAUCACUCGGGGGUCCCCCCCCUGAAAUAUGGCACUAGAUGGUAGCAUCAGUCAGGAUAACUCAGGUCCCCCCCCUUGCUAUUAUAACACUAGGAGGAAAGGCAUCAUUUCAGGAAAACCCGGAAACCCUCCAUGUUAUUAUAGAAAACUAGAGGGGGUAGUUUUCCGUCAGGAAAUCAGCGAACCCCCUGCUAAUUAUGGGGAACACUAGAGGUUUAGAAUCCCCGGAAAUCAUUAGCUUUCCCCCCCGGGUUUUAUAGACACUAGAUGGGGCAUCAGCAGGACCCUCAGCUUUCCCCCCUGCUAUUAUAGCACUGAUGGUAGAUCAGGUAGGAUAAAUCAGCGACCCCUCCCUGCUAUUAUAGACACUGGUGGUAGCAUCAUUUGGGAUAAAUGGGGAACCCCUCCCUCCCUAUUAUAGACACAGAUGGAAAAUACCUCAGUGGGAAAAUUCACCAGCGCCCCAAUCCUGUAUUUUUAAGACAUAGGGGGUAAAAUCAUUUCGGGAAAUUCCCCUCAGCGCCCCCUCCCUGUUUUAUAGACACUAGAUGGUAGCAUCGUCGGGAAAAAAAUCCAGCGUCCCCCCCUGCUAUUAAGACAUAGAGGGUUUGAAUAAGUCAGGAUCCCUCAGCUCACUUAUUGCUUUUUAAGGACACUAGUGGAAAGCUCAGUCGGAUUCUCACCCACCCCCCCCAAUGCUAUUAUAGACACAAAUUUUUUGGGUAGAAUAAGUCAGGAUCACUAGGGGUCCCUCCCUGCUUUUAUAGACAAAGAUUUUAGCUAAGCCCGGAUCACUCAGCAAACCUUCCCCUGUUUUUUAGACACUAGAGGGUGCAUCAGUCAGGAUCACUCAGCGACCCCUCCCUGCUAUUAUAGACACUAGAUGGUAGCAAUCAGUCGGAUCACUCAGCGACCUCCCUGCUAUUAUAGACACUAGAUGGUAGCAUCAGUCAGGAUCACUCAGCGUCCCCUCCCCUGCCCAUUUUCGGGCUAUUAUAGACACUAGAUGGUAGCAUCAGUCAGGAUCACUCAGCGACCCCUCCCUGCUAUUAUAGACACUAGAUGGUAGCAUCAGUCAGGAUCACUCAGCGACCUUCCCUGCUAUCUCCGCAGUUAUAAUGGGAGGAAACCAUUGUCUGCAAAGUGGCAGUGUAACAGCAUGUUAAAUAGGGAAUGCACUGAGUUCCUGUGGUGAUGGCAAUUACUUUCUAUAGUCAGUCUGUGUUUGAUGAUAUUGAUUUAACAAGCCUCCCUUUGUGCUGAUCACUCACAAUAUAACUGUUUCCCCUCCCUACCCAAUCCCUUCCCUCCCUCAUACUAAACCAACAAAGAUAUCCUCCUAACCAAAAAUAAGCCAUUAAACACAGAACCCUCCUCCCUCUCCUCUCUCCUACUCCUCUCGCUCUCUCACCCCUCCUCUCUCUCGCUCUCUCUCCCCCUCUUCUCCCCCCCCCCUCCUCCCUCCCUCCCUCCUCUCCUCCCCCCCUCCCUCUUCUCCUCCCCCCCCCCUCCCCCUCUUCCCUCUCCCUCGUAGAGCUGCCCAGUUCCUCAGGAAGAUGUCAGAACCCUCAUCCAUCCAGGAGUCUCAGAACCUUUCCAUGUUUCUGGCCAACCACAACAAGAUCACACAGGUAACAGAAACACACACACACACACACACACCUGACCAACCACAACAAGAUCACACAGGUAAGACACACACACACACACCUGGCCAACCACAACAAGAUCACACAGGUAACACACACACACACACACACACCUGACCAACCACAACAAGAUCACACAGGUAAGACACACACACACACCUGGCCAACCACAACAAGAUCACACAGGUAACACACACACACACACACACACCUGACCAACCACAACAAGAUCACACAGGUAAGAACACACACACACACCUGGCCAACCACAACAAGAUCACACAGGUAACCACACACCCACACAACACACACACACACAACACACCACAACAUUAACACUCAACAAAACCUGGCCAACCACAACAAGAUCACUCAGGUAAAACACACAGCUUUGAGGAAACACACGGUGCCGACAAACAUAAUAUUGGCCGUCAUUCUCUGUUAAUGUCCAAGCGAUUCUACAUGUUGAAUCGCCACCCAGCAGGUGAGCUGAAAUCCAACUGCUGCUUUCCCCUCUGAAGCCACACUAGUGACGUCAGUUUAACAUCUCUCUCUCUGUCUCCAGUCUCUGCAGCAGCAGUUGGAGGUGAUUAACGGCCACGAUGAGCUGCUGGCUGACAUAGUCAACCUGUGUGUUGAUUACUAUGACAACAGGAUGUACCUGACCCCCAACGAGAAACACAUGCUGCUCAAGGUAGGCUACUGGCUGGCUACAGGCCGCACCCUGUUCCCUAUCUAGUACACUACUGGCUGGCUACAGGCCGCACCCUGUUCCCUAUCUAGUACACUACUGGCUGGCUACAGGCCGCACCCUGUUCCCUAUCUAGUACCUACUGGCUGGCUACAGGCCGCACCCUGUUCCCUAUCUAGUACACUACUGGCUGGCUACAGGCCGCACCCUGUUCCCUAUCUAGUACACUACUGGCUGGCGUACAGGCCGCACCCUGUUCCCUAUCUAGUACACUACUGGCUGGCUACAGGCCGCACCCUGUUCCCUAUCUAGUACACUACUGGCUGGUACAGGCCGCACCCUGUUCCCUAUCUAGUACACUACUGGCUGGCUACAGGCCGCACCCUGUUCCCUAUCUAGUACACUACUGGCUGGCUACAGGCCGCACCCUGUUCCCUAUCUAGUACACUACUGGCUGGCUACAGGCCGCACCCUGUUCCCUAUCUAGUACACUACUGGCUGGCUACAGGCCGCACCCUGUUCCCUAUCUAGUACACUACUGGCUGGCUACAGGCCGCACCCUGUUCCCUAUCUAGUACACUACUGGCUGGCUACAGGCCGCACCCUGUUCCCUAUCUAGUACACUACUGCUGGCUACAGGCCGCACCCUGUUCCCUAUCUAGUACACUACUGGCUGGCUACAGGCCGCACCCUGUUCCCUAUCUAGUACACUACUGGAUGGCGACAGGCCGCGCCAUGUUCCCUAUCUAGUACACUACUGGCUGGCUACAGGGCCCAUAGGGAAAUAGGUUGCCUUUUGGUAAGCAGCUCUGGAGAACAUGUUGAACUGUAUCUCUGAUGCUGCCAUGAUGUACCUACCCCUAGGUGAUGGGGUUUGGUCUGUACCUGUCUGUUACCCUUAGGUGAUGGGGUUUGGUCUGUACCUGUCUGUUACCCCUAGGUGAUGGGGUUUGGUCUGUACCUGUCUGUUACCCCUAGGUGGUGGGGUUUGGUCUGUACCUGUCUGUUACCUCUAGGUGAUGGGGUUUGGUCUGUACUGGUCUGGUUACACUAUAGGGAUGGGGUUUGUCUGUACUCGGUAUGUUACCCCUAGGGAUGGGGUUUGGUCUGUACUGUAUGUACCUCUAGGUAUGGGGUUUGGGUCUGUACCGGUCUGUUAUUACAUCUAGGUGCUGGUGGUUUGGUCUGUACCUGUGGUUCUCUAGUGAGGGUUUGGUCUGUACGGUGUUCUGUUUAACCUCUAGGUGAUGGGUUUGGUGCUACCUGUGUCUGUUACCCUCUAGGUGAUGAUGGGGUUUGGUCUGUACCUGUGUCUGUUACCUCUAGGUGAUGGGGUUUGGUCUGUAACACGUGUUGUACCUCUAGGUGAUGGGGUUUGGUCUGUACCUGUGUCUGUUACCUCUAGGUGAUGGGGUUUGGUCUGUACUGUGUCUGUUACCUCUAGGUGAUGGGGUUUGGUCUGUACUGUCUGUUACCUCUAGGUGAUGGGGUUUGGUCUGUACCUGUGUCUGUUACCUCUAGGUGAUGGGGUUUGGUCUGUAUCUGUGUCUGUUACCUCUAGGUGAUGGGGUUUGGUCUGUACCUGUGUCUGUUACCUCUAGGUGAUGGGGUUUGGUCUGUACCUGAUGGAUGGCAAUAACAGCAACAUCUACAAAAUGGACGCCAAGAAGAGGAUCAACCUGACAAAGAUUGACAAGUUCUUCAAGGUGAGCAGCGCGAGAGGCAUUGACUGUUGUUGUGGGUGUUAUCAGUAUGCAGAGAGUAUAUAAACUGUGUCUGCGUAGCCCAAGGACUUUGGUUUUUUUAGAGUGAAUUUGGGUCGCUGACCUUUCACCCUCAAUCAACGUUGAUUGGAAAAUCACAUUAUUUUAAAAAGGUCUGCUAUAGAGGUUUUUUCUACUGGUACAGGCUGGGAUUCUAUGACUCUGACUGACUGGUCUUCAUGUAUCCGUCCUCCACAGCAGCUGCAGGUGGUGCCUCUGUUUGGUGACAUGCAGAUUGAGCUGUCCAGAUACAUCAAGACCAGCGCACACUUUGAAGAGAACAAGAACCGGGAGGGCAUGGCUAUCUCUUCUCUCUCUCUUGUACUCUCUCUCUGUCUCUCUCUCAUCCUCUCUCUCUCUCCUCUCUAUCUGUAUCUAUAUAUCUCUCUCUCUGUAUAUCUCUCUCUCUACUCUCUAUCUCUCUCUCUCUCUCAUCUAUCUCUCUCUCUAUCUUCUCUAUCUCUUACUCUAUCUAAUCUAUAUAUCGAUUUAGAUAUCAUCUCCUAUCUCUAUCUGUCUGCUCUCUCUCUCUCUCUCCUCAUCUCUCUCUCUCGAUCUAUCUGUAUAUCUUGCUUCUCUGUUCUCUAUCUCCUCUGUUCUCUCUCUCUUCACUCUCUCUCUCUCUGUCUCUCUAUGUCAUAUAUCUCUGGUUCUCUCUCUGUCUAUCUAUCUGUUCUCUAUCUGUCUCUAGCUCUUCUCCUCUCUUCUCUCUAUCUCUCCCUCUGUCUCUCUCGUAUCUUGUCUAUCGUCUAUUGCGUCCUAUGUCUCUCUGUCAUAGUCUAUGUCCUGUCUAUGUCUCUGUAUCUGUGCUUCUUUCUGGUCUACUGCGUCUGGUCGCUGCUGCGUGUCGCGGAGACUUGGUCUCUACGCGCGAUCUUACCUCCCACGCUGUCGCGCUCUCCCCGCCGCGCGCGGACCCGCCACACGCGGACCACGCGCGCAGCGCGAGCGGCAGCGCGCUCACGCCGAGAGAGCACGCGACGCGCCCCAGCGACGAGAAAGCGCCCGCCGCGCUCUCCACGAUCAACCAGAAAAAGCGAGAAAACGAGCGAGCAGUCAACGAGAGACCAAGCAACACAAAACGGCGCAGUAGCGCGAGAAGAUACAAAGCAGAGAGAGCGCGCGAAAGCAAAGAGCGAGAGCGAGCAGAGAGAGAAAGAGGGGGAAACAAGCAGCGCGCAGAGAGCAACGCAAACAAAGGAGGCCUCUCUCAUCUUAUCCCUCCCCCUCCUCCCUCCCUCUUCUCAUCUCUCUCCCUCCCUCUCUCUCAUUAAUCUCUCCGCAUCUUCUAAGAUACGAUCGACCUCCCUCUACUCUAAUUCUCGUCUCUCCUCCCUAUAUGCCCCCUCCUCUCCUUCCUGCUUUCCAAUCCCACCCUUCUCCUCUCUCAUCCUCCCUCCCUCCUCCUACCCGCUUCCCAGGUGGUUCUGUUACAUCAUCAGGCAGCAGUCCUCAGUAUAAUAUCUGUGAGCAGAUGGUUCAGAUCAGGGAAGACCACAUGAGGUUCAUCUCUGAGCUGGCUCGCUACAGCAACAGUGAGGUGAGUGGACCAAUCCCUAGAAUGCUUCCCAAAUGACACCCUUUUCCCUAUAUAGUGCACUACAUUUGACCAGGGCCCGUAGGGCACUAUGUAGGGAUUAGGGUGCCAUUUGUGGUGCAGACCUAGUCUACACCAAACACGUUUACUCAUGUCUCUGUCUCAUAUCAAAUCAAAUCACAUUUUAUUUGUCACAUGGCCGGAUACCACAGGUGUAGACCUUACAGUGAAACGCUUACAAGCCCUUAACCAACAAUGCAGUUUUAAGAAAGAAUACCUAAAAAAAAGUAUUUUGCUCAAAACCUAUAUUUUUAAAAAUCCUUUAGUGUGUGUACUUUACUUUACUGUAUAUAUAUACUUGGGCUAUCACUUUUCAACAGCACAUGUAAAAAAAAUAGAGGACAUCUUUAAUUCAUUUGUCUCCCAUAUGAAUCUUCUCUUUGGUUCAGACUGGGUUCUCUCUCUUUUUUUUUUCUUCCUGUAUUUAUUUAUUUAUCUGUGUGUGUGUUUUGUGUGUGUGUGUGUGUGUUGUGUGUGUGUGUAUAUAUAUAUACAGUAUGUAUGUAUGUACAGUACCAGUCAAUAGUUUGGACACACCUACUCAUUCAAGGGUUUUUCUUUAUUUUUACUGUUUUCUACAUUGAUAGAAUAAUAGUGAAGACAUCAAAACUAUGAAAUAACACAUAUGGAAUCAUGUAGUAACCAAAAGAGUGUUUAAACAAAUCAGAAUAUAUUUUAUAUUUGAGAUUCUUCAAAUAGCCACCCUUUGCCUUGAUGACAGCUUUGCACACUCUUGGCAUUCUCUCAACCAGCUUCACCUGGAAUGCUUUUCCAACAGUCUUGAAGGAGUUUCCACAUAUGCUGAGCACUUGUUGGCUGCUUUUCCUUCACUCUGCCGUCCGACUCAUCCCAAACCAUCUCAAUUGGGUUGAGGUCGGGGGAUUGUGGAGGCCAGGUCAUCAUGAUGCAGCACUCCAUCACUUUCCUUCUUGGUCAAAUAGCCCUUACACAGCCUGGAGGUGUGUUGGGUCAUUGUCCUGUUGAAAAACAAGUGAUAAUCCCACUAAGCCCAAAUCAGAUGGGAUGGCGUAUCGCUGCAGAAUGCUGUGGUAGCCAUGCUGGUUAAGUGUGCCUUCAAUUCUAAAUAAAUCACAGACAGUGUCACCAGCAAAGCACCCCCACACCAUAACACCUCCUCCUCCAAGCUUCACGGUGGGAAAUACACAUGCGGAGAUCAUCCGUUCACCCACACUGCGUCUCACAAGACACAUGGUUGGAACCAAAAAUCUCCAAUUUGGACUCCAGACCAAAGGACACAUUUCCACCAGUCUAAUGUCCAUUGCUUGUGUUUCUUGGCCCAAGCAGGUCUCUUCUUCUUAUUAGUGUCCUUUAGUAGUGGUUUCUUUGCAGCAAUUCGACCAUGAAGGCCUGAUUCACACAAUGUCCUCUGAACAGUUGAUGUUGAGAUGUGUCUGUUACUUGAACUCUGUGAAGCAUUUAUUUCGGCUUCAAUUUCUGAGGCUGGUAACUCUAAUGAACUUAUCCUCUGCAGCAGAGGUAACUCUGGGUCUUCCUUUCCUGUGGCGGUCCUCAUGAGAGACAGUUUCAUCAUAGCGCUUGAUGGUUUUUGCGACUACACUUGAAGAAACGUUCAAAGUUCUUGAAAUGUUCCGUAUUGACUGACCUUCAUGUCUUAAAGUAAUGAUGGACUGUCGUUUCUCUUUGCUUAUUUGAGCUGUUCUUGCCAUAAUAUGGACUUGGUAUUUUACCAAAUAGGGCCAUCUUCUGUAUAUCCACAAAUUCACUUUUUAAGAAGGCUCACCUGUUAAUUGAAAUGCAUUCCAGGUGACUACCUCAUGAAACUGGUAGAGAGAAUGCCAAGACAGAUAUAAUUAUUGUUUGGAUAACCUUAUUUACUGUUAUGUAUUGAUUUUUACCUUACAUGUUGUCACUCUUUAUGCGAUGUGUAAUGCAGAGAACACUGGAAGAAGAAUGAUCAUUUAAUUACCACAGUGAAUUAUUGUAAUGUUUGUUUGUGUCCAAUUAAUCCCAUAAGGGAUGGGUUGCCAAUUCGCGAUUUGACACGAAAAUAAAAUGUCAUUCAUUCGAGUCAGUUGACUUAUGUCCUAAUUAAGGUGUCGCUCUCUAGGUGGUGACAGGGUCUGGUUAGGGUUAAGUUAACCUGUUAUGUCCUAAUGAAGGUGUCUCUCUCUAGGUGGUGACAGGGGUUAUGGUUAGGGUUAAGUUAACCUGUUAUGUCCUAAUUAAGGUGUCUCUCUCUAGGUGGGACAGGGUCUGGUUAUGGGUUAGUUAGUUACCUGUUAUGUCCUAAUGAAGGUGUCUCUAUCUAGGUGGUGACAGGGUCUGGUUAUGGUUAGUUAACCUGUUAUGUCCUAAUUAAGGUGUCUCUCUCUAGGUGGUGACAGGGUUGUUAUGGUUAGGUUAGUUAAACCUGUUAUGUCCUAAUUAAGGUGUCUCUCUCUAGGUGGUGACAGGGUCUGGUUAGGUUAGUUAACCUGUUAUGUCCUAAUUAAGGUGUCUCUCUCUAGGUGGUGACAGGGUCUGGUUAGGGUUAGUUAACCUGUUAUGUCCUAAUUAAGGUGUCUCUCUCUAGGUGGUGACAGGGUCUGGUUAGGGUUAAGUUAACCUGUUAUGUCCUAAUUAAGGUGUCUCUCUCUAGGUGGUGACAGGGUCUGGUUAGGGUUAGUUAACCUGUUAUGUCCUAAUUAAGGUGUCUCUCUCUAGGUGGUGGACAGGGUCUGGUUAGGGUUAGUUAACCCUGUUAUGUCCUAAUUAAGGUGUCUCUCUUCUAGGUGGGUGACAGGUUUGGUUAGGGUUAAGUUAACCUGUUAUGUCCUAAUAAGGUGUCUCUCUAGGUGGUGACAGGGUCUGGUUAGGGUUAGUUAACCUGUUUAUGUCUAAUUAAGGUGUCUUCUCUAGUGGUGACAGGGUCUGGUUAGGGUAGUUAACCUGUAUGUUCUAAUUAAGGUGUCUCUCUCUAGGUGGUGACAGGGUCUGGUUAGGUAAGUUAACCUGUUAUGUCCUAAUGAGGUGUCUCUUCUAGGUGGUGACAGGGUCUGGUUAGGGUUAGUUAACUGUAUGUCCUAAUUAGGUGUCUCUCUCUAGGUGGUGACAGGGUCUGGUUAGGGUUAGUUAACCUGUUAUGUCCUAAUUAAGGUGUUCGCUCUAGGGUGGGACAGGUCUGGUUAGGGUUAGUUAACCUGUUGAUGUCCUAAUUAAGGUGUCUCUCUCAGGUGGUGACAGGGUCUGGUUAGGGUAGUUAACUGUUAUGUCCUAAUUAAAGGUUGUCUCUCUCUAGGUGGUGACAGGGUCUGGUUAGGGUUAGUUAACCUGUUAUGUCCUAAUAAAAGGUGUCACUCUCUAGGUGGUGACAGGGUCUGGUCGCCAGGAGGCCCACAAGACAGACCAGGAGUACAGGAAGCUGUUUGACCUGGCUCUGCAGGGGAUGCAGCUGCUGUCCCAGUGGAGCGCACACGUCAUGGAAGUGGUGAGGAGCCUUUACACCUGACCCUGCUGAAACCCCUGACCCCACCCCCGAACCCCCCUGACCCCCGAAACCCGCACGAACCCAACUGACCCCAAACCCCUGACCCCUAACCCCUGACCGCCGCAAACCCCUGACCCCAAACCCCUGACCCCUGACAACCCACCAAACCCCUGACCCCUGACCCCUGACCCCUGACCCCAAACCCCUGACCCCAUCUAGGGUUAGGGUUGGCAAUAAAACAACAUGGCGCAAUAGGACAGAAUCAUUGAACAGGGUUCAUUCAGAUUGAUGUCGCUAAAGCUAUUAUAUAAUUGAGUGUCCUUGUAGUGAGUUUAAGAUGUUUGAAUAACUCCUAAUGUUAUAAAAACUGUUUUUAAAACAUGGUGGUGAUGGUGACUGUUCUUCCUGCAGUACUCGUGGAAGCUGGUUCAUCCAACUGAUAAGUACUCUAACAAGGAGUGUCCUGACAACGCGGAGGAGUAUGAACGAGCUACACGAUACAAUUACACCAGCGAGGAGAAGUUCUCCCUGGUCGAGGUCAGUCAACUUAACCCCUCUUUAUCUAGACCCACCUGUCGGUCUACGAUAUUAGACUCUGCUGUUGUCCAAUCCAGAGGUUGCGUUAAUGCAGAAUUCUGUGUUUUUCACGCAGAAUAAAUGUUGCAUUCUGAAAACACAGGUGUACUGACUAUAAACGUUGUUUAUAUUUAAAAAGACUCACUGUGAUUAUCCGAAACGUGUCAUCCAUCCUCCAAACCACAUGCUUUCUACUGCCUGUCUCUGGAGGGUUGUGGUACGGUAAUACUGUUAGUGUUAAAACGCAGGAACUGAAGGAAUGACUAGCCACCUUAAACAAUGACGAGUCAAUUAACAUAAGGAAUACUGCUAGGGUUCUAUAACCACUCCACAAAUCAGAAUGAAAGUCAGAGACUGCAGAGGCUGCUACAGCUAAUGCUAAUGAAGUGUGUCUAACUAACCUGUCUCUGAGGUGUCUAACUAACCUGUCUCUGAGGUGUCUAACUAACCUGUCUCUGAGGUGUCUAACUAACCUGUCUCUGAGGUGUCUAACUAACCUGUCUCUGAGGUGUCUAACUAACCUGUCUCUGAGGUGUCUAACUAACUAACCUGUCUCUGAGGUGUGUCUAACUAACCUGUCUCUGAGGUGUCUAACUAACUAACCUGUCUCUGAGGUGUCUAACUAACCUGUCUCUGAGGUGUCUAACUAACAACUGUCUCUGAGUGUGUCUAACACUAACCUGUCUCUGAGGUGUCUAACUAACUAACCUGUCUCUGAGGUGUCUAACUAACCUGUCUCUGAGGUGUCUAACUAACCUGUCUCUGAGGUGUCUAACUAACUAACCUGUCUCUGAGGUGUCUACUAACUAACCUGUCUCUGAGGUGUCUAACUACUAACCUGUCUCUGAGGUGGUCUAACUAACUAACCUGUCUCUGAGGUGUUAACUAACUAACCUGUCUCUGAGGUGUCUAACUAACUAACCUGUCUCUUGAGGUGUCUAACUAACCUGUCUCUGAGGUGUCUAACUAACUGUCUCUGAGGUGUCUAACUAACCUGUCUCUGAGGUGUCUAACUAACCUGUCUCUGAGGUGUCUAACUAACCUGUCUCUGAGGUGUCUAACUAACCUGUCUCUGAUGUGUCUAACUAACCUGUCUCUGAUGUCUAACUACCUGUCUCUGAUGUGUCUAAACUAACUGUCUCUGAGGUGUCUACAACAACCCUGUCUCUUGAGGUCUAACUACCUGUCUCUGAUGUGUCUAACUACCUGUCUCUGAUGUGUCUAACUAACUGUCUCUGAUGUGUCUAACUAACCUGUCUGAGUGUCUAACAACCUGUCCUGAGUGUCAACUACUAACCUGUCUCUGAGGUGUCUAACAACUACCUGUCUUGAGGUGUCUACUAAACUAACCUGUCUCUGAGGUGUCAAACUAACCUGUCUCUGAGGUGUCUAACUACUACGUCUCUGAGGUGUCUAACUCAGAACUAACCUCUCUGGGUGUCUAACUAACUAACCUGUCUUGAGGUGUUAACUAACUACCUGUUCUGAGGGUCAACUAACCGUCUCUGAGGUGUUCUAACUAACACUGUCUCUGAGGUGUCACUAACCUGUCUUGAGGGUGUCUAACUACCUGUCUCUGAGGGUCUAACUACGACCUGCUCUGAGGUGUCUAACUAAUAACCUGUCUCUGAGGUUGUCUACUAAUAACCUGUCUUGAGGUGUCAACUAACUAACCUGUCUGAGGUGUCUAACUAACCUGUUCUGAGGUGUCUAACUACUAACCUGUCACUGAGGUGUUAUAACUAAUACCGUCUCUGAAGGUGUCUAACUAAGGCUAACUGUCUCUGAGGUGUCUAACUACUAACCUGCUCUUGGGUGUCUAACUACCUGUCUCUGAGGUGUCUACUAACCUGGUCUCUGAGGUGUCUACUAACCUGUCUCUGAGGUGUCUAACUAACCGUCUCUGAGGAAUUCUAAUAACCUGUCUUAUGUGUCUAAACACACAGGUCCUGAUGUGUACUAACAACCUGUCUCGAUGGUCAACUAACUGUCUCGAUGUGUCUAACUAACCUGUCUCUGAGUGUCAACUAACCUUCUCUGAGGUCUAACUAAACCUGUCCUGAGUGUCAUAACUAAACUAUGUCUCUGAGGUGUCGACUAAACUACCUGUCCUGAGGUUCUAGACUAACCUGUCUCGAGGUGUCUAACUAACUAACCGUCUCUGAGGUUCAACAACAACCUGUCGCUGAGGGUCUAACUAACUAACCUUCUCUGAGGCUGUCUAACUAACCUGUCCUGAGGUCUAACUAACCUGUCUCUGAGUGUCUAACAACCUGUCCUGAGGUGUAACUAACCUGCCGAGGUGUCUAACUAACCUGUCUCUGAGUUCUACUACCGUCUCUGAGUGUCUAUACCGUCUCUAGAGGUGUCUAACACCUGUCUCUGAGUGGUCUAACAACCUGGGUCUGAGGGGCUAGCUAACUACCUGCUCUGAGGUCUAACACUGUCUCGAGUGUCUACUAACCUGCUGUGUCUAAUACCUGUCUCUGAGGUGUCACUAACUGUCUCUGAGUGUCUUAACUAACUGUCUCUGAGGUUGUCUAACUAACAACUGUCUCUGAGGUGUCUAACUAACUAACCUGUCUCUGAGGUGUCUAACUAACUAACCUGUCUCUGAGGUGUCUAAACUAACUAACCUGUCUCUGAGGUGUCUAACUAAACCUGUCUCUGAGGUGUCUAACUAACUAACCUGUCUCUGAGGUGUUCUAACUACACUAACCUGUCUCUGAGGUGUCUAACUAACUAACCUGUCUCUGAGGUGUCUAACUAACUAACCUGUCUCUGAGGUGUCUAACUAACUAACCUGUCUCUGAGGUGUCUAACUAACCUGUCUCUGAGGUGUCUAACUAACCUGUCUCUGAGGUGUCUAACAACCUGUCUCUGAGUGUGUCUAACUAACACCUGUCUCUGAGGUGUUCUAACUAACCUGUCUCUGAGGUGUCUAAACUAACCUGUCUCUUGAGGUGUCUAACUAACCUGUCUCUGAGGUGUCUAACUAACCUGUCUCUGAGGUGUCUAACUAACCUGUCUCUGAUGUGUCUAACUAACCUGUCUCUGAUGUGUCUAACUAACUACUGUCUCGAGUGUGUCUAACUAACCUGUCUCUGAGUGUGUACUAACUAACCUGUCUCUGAGGUGUCUAACUAACUAACCUGUCUCUGAGGUGUCUAAAAACCUGUCUCUGAGGUUACUAAACCUGUCUCUGAGGUGGUCUAACAAAACCUGUCUUGAGGUGUCUAACUAACUAACCUGUCUCUGAGGUGUGUACUAACUAACCUGUCUCUGAGGUGUGUCUAACUAACCUGUCUCUGAGGUGUGUCUAACUAACCUGUCUCUGAGGUGUCUAACUAACUAACCUGUCUCUGAGGUGUCUAACUAACUAACCUGUCUCUGAGGUGUCUAACUAACCUGUCUCUGAGGUGUCUAACUAACCUGUCUCUGAGGUGUCUAACUAACCUGUCUCUGAGGUGUCUAACUAACCUGUCUCUGAGGUGUCUAACUAACUAACCUGUCUCUGAGGUGUCUAACUAACCUGUCUCUGAUGUGUCUAACUAACCUGUCUCUGAUGUGUCUAACUAACCUGUCUCUGAGGUGUGUCUAACUAACCUGUCUCUGAGGUGUCUAACUAACCUGUCUCUGAGGUGUCUAACUAACCUGUCUCUGAGUGUGUCUAACUAACCUGUCUCUGAGGUCUAACUAACUGUCUGAGGUCUAACUAACCUGUCUCUGAGGUGUCUAACUAACCUGUCUCUGAGGUGUCUAACUAACCUGUCUCUGAGGUGUCUAACUAACUAACCUGUCUCUGAGGUGUCUAACUAACUAACCUGUCUCUGAGGUGUCUAACUAACUAACCUGUCUCUGAGGUGUCUAACUAACCUGUCUCUGAGGUGUCUAACUAACUAACCUGUCUCUGAGGUGUCUAACUAACUAACUAACCUGUCUCUGAGGUGUCUAACUAACUAACCUGUCUCUGAGGUGUCUAACUAACUAACCUGUCUCUGAGGUGUCUAACUAACUAACCUGUCUUGAGGUGUCUAACUAAUAACCUGUCUCUGAGGUGUCUAACUAACUACCUGUCUCUGAGGGUGUCUAACUAACUACCUGUCUCUGAGGUGUCUAACUACACCUCUCUCUGAGGUGUCUAACUAACUAACCUGUCUCUGAGGUGUCUAACUAACUAACCUGUCUGAGGUGUCUAACUAACUAACCUGUCUCUGAGGUGUCUACUAACUAACCUGUCUCUGAGGUGUCUAAACUAACUAACCUGUCUCUGAGGUGUCUAACUAACUAACCUGUCUCUGAGGUGUCUAACUAACUAACCUGUCUCUGAGGUGUCUAACUAACUAACCUGUCUCUUGAGGUGUCUAACUAACCUGUCUCUGAGGUGUCUAACUAACCUGUCUCUGAGGUGUCUAAUACUAACCUGUCUCUGAGGUGUCCUAACUAACCUGUCUCUGAGGUUGUCUAACUAACCUGUCUCUGAUGUGUCUAACUAACUUCGAUUGUCAACUACCUGUCUCUGAGGUGUCUAAACUAACCUGUCUCUGAGUGUGUCUAACUAACCUGUCUCUGAUGUGUCUAACUAACCUGUCUCUGAGGUGUGUCUAACUAACCUGUUCUGAGUGUCUAACAAUAACCUGUCUCUGAUGUGUCUAACUAACCUGUCUCUGAUGUGUCUAACUAACCUGUCUCUGAGGUGUCUAACUAACUAACCUGUCUCUGAGGUGUCUAACUAACUAACCUGUCUCUGAGGUGUCUAACUAACUAACCUGUCUCUGAGGUGUCUAACUAACCCUGUCUCUGAGGUGUCUAACUAACUAACCUGUCUCUGAGGGUGUCUAACUAACUAACAACUGUCUCUGAGGUGUCUAAACUAACCUGUCUCUGAGGUGUCUAACUAACCUGUCUCUGAGGUGUUCUAACUAACCUGUCUCUGAGGUGUCUAACUAACUAACCUGUCUCUGAGGUGUCUAACUAACUAACCUGUCUCUGAGGUGUCUAACUAACUAACCUGUCUCUGAGGUGUCUAACUAACUAACCUGUCUCUGAGGUGUCUAACUAACCUGUCUCUGAGGUGUCUAACUAACUAACCUGUCUCUGAGGUGUCUAACUAACUAACCUGUCUCUGAGGUGUCUAACUAACUAACCUGUCUCUGAGGUGUCUAACUAACCUGUCUCUGAGGUGUCUAACUAACUAACCUGUCUCUGAGGUGUCUAACUAACUAACCUGUCUCUGAGGUGUCUAACUAACUAACCUGUCUCUGAGGUGUCUACUAACUAACCUGUCUCUGAGGUGUCUAACUAACCUGUCUCUGAGGUGUCUAACUAACUCCUGAGGUGCUAUAACCUGUCUCUGAGGUGUCUAACUAACCUGUCUCUGAGGUGUCUAACUACCGUCUUGAUGUGUCUAACUAACCUGUCUCUGAGUGUCUACUAACUAACCUGUCUCUGAGGUGUCUAACUAACUAACCUGUCUCUGAGGUGUCUAACUAACUAACCUGUCUCUGAGGUGUCUAACUAACCUGUCUCUGAGGUGUCUAACUAACCUGUCUCUGAGGUGUCUAACUAACCUGUCUCUGAGGUGUCUAACUAACCUGUCUCUGAGGUGUCUACUAACUAACCUGUCUCUGAGGUGUCUAACUAACUAACCUGUCUCUGAGGUGUCUAACUAACUAACCUGUCUCUGAGGUGUCUAACUAACUAACCUGUCUCUGAGGUGUCUAACUAACUAACUAACCUGUCUCUGAGGUGUUUAACUAACUAACUAACCUGUCUCUGAGGUGUCUAACUAACUAACUAACCUGUCUCUGAGGUGUCUAACUAACUAAACCUGUCUCUGAGGUGUCUAACUAACUAACCUGUCUCUGAGGUGUCUAACUAACUAACCUGUCUCUGAGGUGUCUAACUAACUAACCUGUCUCUGAGGUGUCUAACUAACCUGUCUCUGAGGUGUCUAACUAACUAACCUGUCUCUGAGGUGUCUAACUAACUAACCUGUCUCUGAGGUGUCUAACUAACCUGUCUCUGAGGUGUCUAACCAACCUGUCUCUGAGGUGUCUAACUAACUAACCUGUCUCUGAGGUGUCUACUAACUAACCUGUCUCUGAGGUGUCUAACUAACCUGUCUCUGAGGUGUCUAACUAACUAACCUGUCUCUGAGGUGUGUCUAACUAACCUGUCUCUGAGGUGUCUAACUAACCUGUCUCUGAGGUGUCUAACUAACCUGUCUCUGAGUGUGCUAACUAACUAACCUGUCUCUGAGGUGUCUAACUAACCUGUCUCUGAGGUGUCUAACUGAGGUGUGUUCCUUCCCCUCCAGGUGAUGGCCAUGAUAAAGGGUUUGCAGGUUCUGAUGGGUCGUAUGGAGUCGGUGUUUAACCACGCUAUCCGCCACCACCAUCUACUCAGCCCUGCAGGACUUCGCCCAGCUCAACCUGAGAGACCCGCUACGGCAGGCCAUCAAGAGGAAGAAGAACGUGUAGCAGAG